AUGUCAGCCCAAUUCGCUCUGCGCGGAUGGCACACAACAGUGAUCGAGCGCAGCCCACCCUUGCAGCGAGUAAAGGAUGAGCCGAUGCCGACUGCGGCUGCAGCGAGCGACGCGUCCACGGUUGCGGUGGACCCCUCCGCUAGGCUUCCUCCGCCGCUCACCUCACUUUCCCUCCAACCCUAUCGUGGUCCGCUCGUGCGCCCUCACUUCGGCGCAGCCUCUCAGCAGAACAGUAGCAGCAGCGCCGGCAACCUUGAUGAGAACGGCAAGGCUGCUGUUGCUUCCUCCUCCAGCCUGGCAGAGUCGCCCUCGCUGUCGCGGUACGGUCCCUUCAUCGAGCUGCAGUACGCACUGCUAACACGCCGCGCCCUGGACGCACUAGAGGCGGCAGGAGUGCGACUCCACGCCCUCCGCCACUUGGGCGUCAAGGUACACGGCGUGAUGGACCACCCCGGUGCCUACAACAGCUGGAUCACUGCCGGCCUCACGGAGUAUCACCCGUUUGCAGUCAGCAUGCUCUCGAUGGA